UAGCGGUGAUGCACCAUUCAGUUGGAUGCCAACCGCCUUAAAACACAAAGAAGAAGAAGAAGACAAAUUACUCCCGCUAAACGAACCGGAAAAUUAGGUUCGCUUGACAGGAAGUUGUCAGCAAUGUUUUGUUGCUAGUAGGGACUGUUGUGUUGCGAAAAUGGCGACCCCUCGUCGCUCCUUUCAGCUCCUCUCUUCCCCGCCCCGAGGCGCCUCGCUCCCCGUCACCCCGCUGGGCUCGCCUCUGGCCCCGUCCUACGAUGCCGUGCCUCUCACCCGUGGAGCCGGUGCGGACAGUGUAGCAGACGGCGAAGCUUCCCCGGACCCAACCUCUCCCUCCACCGCCGCUGCCUCUCCAUCUUUGGCCCACAGCAGCGGGUCUAGCAGCAAAGCUAGCUCCCCGACAUCUACGGAGGGCAGCGGCGCGAGCGCAGCCUCGACGCCGGACUCCUGUAGCGGUAACACGGGUAGCGGCAGCAGUUUUUUAGGGUGUCCGAACGGAGCGUUCAGGGAGCUGUUUGAAGCAUGUCGGAAUGGAGAUGUUUCGAGGGUGAAGAAACUAGUGGAUACAGCCAACGUGAACGCUAAAGACAUGGCAGGACGUAAAUCGACACCUUUACACUUUGCUGCAGGUUUUGGACGUAAAGAUGUGGUAGACCACCUGCUUCAGAAUGGCGCCAACAUCCAUGCCCGUGACGAUGGUGGUUUGAUCCCACUUCACAACGCAUGCUCGUUUGGGCACUCUGAGGUGGUGUCCUUGUUGCUGUGUCAGGGAGCCGAACCCAAUGCCCGAGACAACUGGAACUAUACACCUUUACACGAGGCUGCCAUCAAGGGCAAGAUAGACGUGUGUAUAGUGCUGUACAGAUGUUUCUGGAUUCUGAGUCAUGGGGAAGGCAACAAUAUUGUCAAAGGAUCUGCGAGAAAAGUGCUAAUGCAGCACGGAGCCGACCCCAACAUCCGCAACACUGACGGCAAGUCUGCCUUGGACCUUGCUGAACCCUCCGCCAAGGCCGUGCUCACAGGUGAAUACAAGAAGGAUGAGCUGCUGGAGGCAGCAAGGAGUGGAAAUGAGGAAAAGCUAAUGGCCUUGCUCACGCCGCUUAAUGUCAACUGCCACGCGAGUGACGGCCGCAAGUCCACUCCGCUCCACCUGGCUGCGGGAUACAACAGAGUGAGGAUAGUUCAGCUGUUGCUACAACACGGAGCAGAUGUUCAUGCCAAGGACAAAGGUGGUCUGGUGCCGCUACAUAACGCCUGCUCCUAUGGACACUAUGAAGUCACUGAGCUGCUGCUAAAGCAUGGUGCCUGUGUAAACGCCAUGGACCUGUGGCAGUUCACCCCACUCCAUGAGGCAGCAUCCAAAAACCGUGUGGAGGUAUGCUCCCUGCUGCUGAGCCAUGGGGCUGACCCGACCUUGCUCAACUGCCACAGCAAGAGCUCCGUGGACAUGGCGCCUACACCUGAGCUGAAGGAGAGGCUCUCAUAUGAGUUUAAGGGCCAUUCACUGCUUCAAGCUGCUCGGGAAGCUGACAUGGCCAAGGCGAAGAGGAGCCUGGCGCUGGAGAUCAUCAACUUUAAACACCCUCACACACAUGAGACAGCACUGCAUUGUGCAGUUGCAUCUCCACACCCCAAGAAAAAACAGGUGACAGAGCUGUUAUUACGAAAAGGAGCCAAUGUCAAUGAGAAGAACAAAGAUUUAAUGACACCUCUCCAUGUGGCUGCUGAGCGAGCUCAUAAUGACAUUAUGGAGGUGCUUCAGAAACAUGGUGCCAAGGUGAACGCAUUGGACACACUGGGUCAGACGGCCUUACACCGCGCAGCAAUGGCAGGCCAUCUGCAGACCUGCAGGCUGUUGCUAGGAUACGGAGCAGACGCCUCACUGGUAUCGCUGCAGGGCAUCACUGCUGCUCAGAUGGGAAAUGAGGCUGUUCAGCAGAUACUCACUGAGAACGUUCCAGUAAGAAACUCAGAUGUGGACUACAGACUUCUGGAAGCUGCGAAAGCUGGAGACCUAGACACAGUCAAGUCUCUGUGUACGGCACAUAAUGUGAACUGCAGAGAUCUGGAGGGACGACACUCCACCCCUCUCCACUUUGCGGCUGGCUACAAUAGAGUAUCGGUGGUGGAGUACCUGCUGCAUCACGGAGCUGAUGUGCACGCCAAGGACAAAGGGGGUCUAGUUCCUCUGCAUAACGCCUGCUCGUACGGUCACUACGAGGUGGCUGAGCUGCUGGUCAGACACGGCGCCUCGGUCAACGUGGCUGACCUGUGGAAGUUUACACCGCUUCAUGAGGCUGCAGCUAAAGGCAAAUACGAGAUCUGCAAACUGUUGCUAAAGCACGGUGCAGACCCCACUAAGAAGAACAGAGACGGGAACACGCCCCUGGACCUGGUGAAGGACGGAGACACGGACAUCCAGGACCUGCUGAGAGGAGAUGCGGCGUUGUUGGAUGCAGCGAAGAAGGGCUGUCUUGCCAGAGUACAGAAGUUAUGCAGCCCAGACAACAUCAACUGUCGAGACACACAAGGACGGAACUCCACCCCACUGCACCUGGCAGCCGGCUACAACAACCUGGAGGUAGCCGAGUAUCUGUUGGAACACGGAGCCGACGUGAACGCGCAGGACAAAGGGGGUCUUAUACCUUUGCACAAUGCUGCUUCAUACGGGCAUGUUGACAUAGCCGCCUUGCUCAUCAAGUACAAGACCUGCGUCAACGCCACGGACAAAUGGGCGUUUACUCCCCUCCAUGAGGCUGCGCAAAAGGGACGCACUCAGCUCUGUGCUCUUCUUCUGUCUCACGGAGCAGAUCCCACCAUGAAGAACCAAGAAGGGCAGACACCGCUGGAUUUGGCAACAGCUGAUGACAUCCGAGCGUUGCUAAUAGACACCAUGCCACCCGAAGCCCUGCCCUGCUGUCUGAAACCACAGGCCACUGUGGUGAGUGCCAGUGUGGUGACGGCUGGUGCCACAGGGGGCAUGGUCAUCUCUCCCUCGUCGUCACCGUCAUCCUGCUUGUCAGCCGCCAGCAGCAUUGACAACCUGACUAUGCCCCUUGGCGGCAUAACGGUAGGCGGUGCCACUGGGACGGCAGAUGGAGCAUCUAGCUCCAACAGGAAGGAAGGAGAUACUCUAUUUGACAUGACUAUCAACCAAUUCCUAAAGAGUUUGGGACUGGAACACCUUAGAGACAUCUUCCAGAGGGAACAGAUCUCGCUGGACGUGUUGGCAGACAUGGGCCAUGAGGAGCUCAAAGAGAUUGGCAUCAAUGCCUACGGGCACAGACACAAACUUAUCAAGGGCAUCGAGCGGCUGCAAGGUGGCAACCCGUACCUGACGUUCCACUGCUCCAGCCAGGGAACUGUACUGAUCGACCUGGCCCCGGACGACAAGGAGUUCCAGUCGGUGGAGGAGGAACUGCAGAGCACCAUCAGAGAGCACCGUGAUGGCGGCAAUGCAGGCGGAGUCUUCAGCCAGUACAACAUCAUUAAGAUUCAGAAGGUGGUGAACAAGAAGUUACGAGAGAGAUACUCACACCGCCAGAAGGAGAUUGCUGAUGAAAACCACAACCACCAUAACGAGCGCAUGCUCUUUCAUGGUUCUCCCUUCAUCAACGCCAUCAUCCAUAAAGGUUUUGACGAGCGCCAUGCGUACAUCGGCGGCAUGUUUGGCGCCGGCAUUUAUUUCGCCGAGAACUCCUCCAAAAGCAACCAGUACGUCUACGGGAUAGGCGGAGGCACGGGGUGUCCUACCCACAAAGACAGAUCUUGCUACGUGUGUCACAGGCAGAUGUUGUUCUGCAGAGUGACUCUGGGCAAGUCAUUUCUUCAGUUUAGUGCCAUGAAGAUGGCCCAUGCACCCCCUGGGCAUCACUCUGUCAUUGGCCGGCCGAGUGUCAACGGACUGGCCUAUGCAGAGUACGUCAUCUACAGAGGGGAGCAGGCUUACCCAGAAUACUUGAUCACAUACCAGAUUGUUAAACCAGAGACUUUGGCUACGCCCACCACCACCGCCGAGCAGAAGUCCUAAUACGCUCUUCAAAGCUGGAUCGGUAGGUGAAAGACCACCGUAGACACGAGCGGUUCUCAUAAGGAUGGGUUUUUUGGACACCUCAGAGCCCAGAGUAAGUGUGACCUUAAAAGGCGGAAGAGGUCACGGUGGCUCGAACAAGCAGACGAGAUGAGAAGAGGAGCGGAUGUCUCAAAGUGCUCAGUCUGAACCGACACUUGUUACUAAGCAAAGAGUUGCUGUGCAUUUUGUUACGUGUCUUCACCAAGUUGGCAAAGUGAAGACCAGAAGAGACAGCAGGCUAACAAUAAACACUAGGACCACAGUGCAUUGCCACUGACAUACGACCAUACCUGAAGAAAAAAGAGAUUUGGAGGUUUACCCUCAAAAGAGGUGCUGCAGCAUCAAGAGAGAGCAUAACAUGUCCACUUGGGGUCUGAAAUGUUGUUACAUCACAUUUAUUGUAUCUGAUUGUUCCCCACUUGGAACCACAUGUCCUUGUUUACAUUAAACUUCUUCCUUAGCCCAUUUCCUCUUAGUUUCGUGCACUGAACGCCCCCUAGGGGCGCAGCCGAGUCUUGACAGCAGACAAAGCGUGCAUUGCCACCAAGGAAAAAAAAGUGUCUUUUUUAACAUUCACCAAACCUCAAACUACAUCGUGUUGGAUUGCACUUAGAAGAAUGAAGAUAAGAUUUAUUUAUAAUAUUCUUAAUCCAUCCAUCCAUCCAUCCAUUUUCUACCGCUUAUUCCCUUCGGGGUCGCGGGGGGCGCUGGAGCCUAUAUCAGCUACAAUCGGGUGGAAGGCGGGGUACACCCUGGACAAGUCGCCACCUCAAUGCUUUAUUCUUUAUUCUGAAAGAUGCCGAUAAACACUCAACGGCUGGCUAGCAUUGUACCACCUGCUCGAUAACGCAGCUGAUUCAAAUAUUGUCCAAAAGAAUAAACACUGAGUCCUUGUUAGUCCUGGAUCCAUACAAAAUAGGCAGCUGAAAGUAAACUGGUUGACAAAAAAUGUGCCUAAGGUUUACAUACUGUGUAUUGUGUAUUUUUAAACAGAAUUGAUUUCUUCCACUAAAUCAAAAUGGCCGCCAAGUGACUUAUAUGAGUCAUUUUUUCCCAAUCAGUCAGCAUACAAAAUUUAAAUUAAAAAAUACAACAUUAUGGAAAGUUUACACAAGUAAAAAACGGUCCAAUGUUUCACAUUGAUAUAACGUUUACACAGUUGUAUUCAGCUUUUGCAUUUCAAAUGUGAUAUUUGUGACUCGGUACAAUGUAAGAAGCAUCUUUGUGUUUUCCUUCAUAUACCGGAUAGUUUCUAACACUCACUUUCAAUAAGUAACUCUUCAUUUGUCCUGGUGAACACUUUUUUAAAUAUUGUAGGUUUUUUGAUACGUUAUGUUUGAUAUGGCUGUCUGGAGAUGCCAGUCAGCCUACUUGUUGUAAAUAACAAUUAGUGUUAACACUAAUUGUUAGCUAAUUGCUUCCUAGCAAGGGUCCCAUUAAAAUGACCACUUUUCUGUUGUACAACUGGUUGUACUUCACUACUGAAUACAUACAUUCUUGUGAGUAUGAAUAUAAAUUUUAAAAAACUCCACCCAACCUCUUUAGUUUGUUUUGUGUUAUAAGUCAAUGUAACGAAGUUGUCUUGUCGGCGCUGUAAUUCCCAGAACAGCCACCAGAGAGCGCCGUGACUCAACAUGUGUAAGUUCCAAAUCGAAAAAAUAAAA